AUGAUCAUGGACUUCAGAAAGCAUCCUUUGCCACAAUUUCCAGUUGUGCUGUUUCUGGGAGUCACGGUCUCUCAGGACCUGAAGUGUAAGACCAACAUAAACUCUGUCCUAGAAAGGGCCCAGCAGAGAAUGUACAUCCUGCAGGUUUUGAGGAAGCACAUCCUGCCACAGGAGCUGUUGAAGCAGUUCUACAGAGUAGUCAUUGGAUCAAUCCAGUAUUCAUUCAUCACACUCUGGUCCAGUGGCGUCACAAUAAAGGACAGACUCUGGCUGCAAGAGACAAUAAGGACUGCUGGAAAAAUCAUUGUCCACCCCUACCUGGCUUUGAGGACUUACAGACUGUCAGAACUUAGACAAGGGCAUGCAAAAUCCUCGUGGAGCCUCCACUUACUGGUUUCCACCGCUUCCAAAUACUUCCCUCAGCAAGAGCCCAGCAACCUGUCUGAUCUCGAGAAGAUCUGUGUGGAGGAGUGGGCCUUCCUGCAUGCUUCAGAAUUUGACCCGCACACUGCUGGCCAAUUCACUCAGGCACUCUGGCUAAUAGCCUUUGCAUCGGUGCUUCGAGCAUUGUGCAUUCAAAUGAAAUAUCAAGCCGUCGCAACGCCAAGCGACAUGACAGCUGACACUUUGGGAACUGGCACAGCCUUCUAUACCCUUAAGCUGGAAGGUCAUAUGCUGAAUGAUGGACGAGUGACACACCUCCUCUUUCCACUUCUCCUCCUUUUGCGAAUUCCCUUAUUGUUCAGCUUUGGUGAGCGCACAUGCCCGAAUAGCUGUCGAUGUGAAGGGAAAACUGUUAAUUGUGAUUCAUCAGGCUUCUUGGAUGUCCCAGAAAACAUUUCAGUUGGGUGCCAGGGCCUCUCCCUGCGCUAUAAUGAACUGCACACCCUGUUACCAUAUCAGUUUGCUCACCUGGGUCAGCUUCUCUGGAUAUACUUGGAUCACAAUCAGAUUUCAGCAGUCGACAGUCGGGCAUUCCAGGGAGUUCGUAGACUAAAAGAGCUAAUUAUGAGCUCAAACAAGAUCGCGUCUCUGCAUAAUUCAACAUUCCAUGGAAUUCCCAAUCUUCGCAGUUUAGACCUAUCAUACAACAAACUGGAAAUCCUGCAACCGGGACAAUUUCACGGUUUGCGAAAGUUGCAAAACCUACACCUGCGGUCAAAUGGUCUCUCUAACAUCCCCAUACGAGCAUUCCUUGAGUGCCGAAGUUUGGAGUUUCUAGAUUUGGGCUACAAUCGAAUCAAAGCUCUCACACGCACCACAUUUCUAGGGUUACAGAAACUGAUGGAGUUGCAUCUGGAACACAACCAGUUCACCCGGAUAAACUUUUUUCUGUUUCCUCGUCUUGCUAAUCUGAGAUCACUCUAUUUGCAGUGGAACCGCAUCAAGGUCGUCAAUCAGGGACUUCCAUGGACAUGGUAUACACUGCAGAAACUUGACCUCUCUGGAAAUGAAAUACAGACCCUGGAUCCAGCCGUGUUCCACUGUUUGCCCAACCUUCAAGUUCUCAACCUGGAAUCUAACAAAUUGUCUAACGUGUCACAGGAGGCGGUGUCCGCAUGGAUCUCACUGACUUCCAUCAGUCUCGCCGGCAACAUAUGGGAUUGUGCCACAGCCAUAUGUCCACUCGUGGCUUGGUUAAGAAAUUUCCGUGGCACCAAAGACACCACUAUGAUAUGCAGCAGCCCAAAGUAUCUCCAAGGAGAAAAGAUUAUGGAAGUUACAAGAAACCAUGGCAUUUGUGAGGAAACCGAUUACGUUCUGACUGAGACACCCUCACCAAUGUCAGAGCUUUUUUCUGAAGCCACCAAUGAGCCAACAUUUGGUCCCACAAGUGGUUCUCCACUCGCGCCACCAACCUUUGGUCCGCACCUGCCUUUUAGACCUCAACCUAUUCCUCAUCCUACAUUCCCAGGGCACAUGAGCAAAGAUCCAAGAGACUCAAUCGCACGCAGUCGACCAACUCACACACUCCCCCCAGAGAUGGAACACAUGACUCUACAUAAAGUGGUUGUGGGCAGUGUGGCACUCUUCUUCAGCAUGUCUCUAAUUUUGACCAUUAUCUACGUAUUGUGGCGACGCUACCCUGGUGCAACCAGAUUGCUCCACCAGCGAUCCAUGGUGGGGCGAAAAUGCCGCAAAAAGAGUCCAGAGCCGGAGCAGGACCUAAGCACACAGCUGCAAGAGUAUUACAUGAGCUACAACCCUGCUGCCACUCCAGAGGCAUUGGAAGUGCUUGGCAAUGGCACUGGCUCCUGCACUUGCACAAUGUCUAGCUCCAGGGAGUGUGAGAAUGAGUACACGUGUCGACGCCCACUACCCGGUGCAUGGCUGGGCGAUCUGCCGACAAUCCAUUAGAAGAAACUGCUUUGGACCGUGCCGGUGCUGGGAACAACAUACAAAUUCAAUAUACAGAGAGAAUUACACAGAGAAGACCAUAAGGAUCAAAUUGAAUGCAGCAACUUUAAAAAAAAAAAUAACAUACUGGAAAACUGCAUUGCAAGGAUAAAUGGUAAUGACACAAUUGACUACUACUAUUAGUUUCUUGUACUGCUGGCCUAAUAUGGAAAAAAAAUUCUAAACAACUACUGGGAAAUGACUGAUCCGAACCACAAUUGCUUAUCGUCUCUAUGAGGACAACGUGGUCGGUUUUGAGGAUCAAGACUGUACAUAUGCAAAAUUGCUUUAAAAGUUACUGAUGAAUAUGUACUCAUCCAUGAGCUUCGACUCCCCCAAUGACAGAUGUGAGCAACUCAAGUGGAUUUUGAUACCAUAGGAAGCAUUAAAAGUGACUUUUCUUUCU